AUGAGAGCACCAGCGCUCCUGGUUUCAAGGGCGUCUCCUGGCUUCGAGCUGGUGCUCCUGCUCCUGGGAAUUCUGCGACCUUGUGCCACCCAAGCGCUGUCUCCAGAAGAAGACCUAUACAAGAGAUUUUUCAGUUCGAGUUAUAACAAGGCAAUCGCACCCAAGAGCCCGGACACAAAUGGCAGCGAGGUUUACGUGCAGCUAGAUCUCACUUUCGUCAGUGAUGUCAAUGCCCGGAGCCUUGACUUCGACAUGCAAACAUGGGUGGCCUUCCUCUGGAAAGAUACAAGGCUCAACCUCGAAGCAUUGCGGACCUACGAUCCGCCCAUCCCCGUUUUACCAGAUCACUUGGCCAAAGGAAUUUGGCAGCCCACCGUUAGCUUCGACCGCGCCGGAGACGCGGUGGCUUUUGAUCCGGCUGACAUCUUCAUCAGGAGCGACGGCUACCUCCUGUCCCUCCGGCGAAUCAAUUUCCACGUUCACUGCUUCCACGAGGGUUCAGACACAGGAUUAGACUCGCAGCCCGAAUCGGGUUCGACGGUGUGCGACUUCCUUAUCCGGCUCCUCUACGAAGCCGACUGCAACUGCGCCCUCAUCUGGGUCGGUGACAAGGUCAGUCCGUUCUACGGUGUCCUGGAGAGUGUCGUCAGAAGGCCCGAAGCUCGUCCGUUGGUCAGCGUCCUUGUUGCAGUCGAGCCUUCCAGCUCUACAAAGUCGGGUGGCACCCCCGGUUCCAACGAGACAAUCUUUGCGACAUUUAAGUUCGUCAGAACAUCGUGGUCUUUCCUCACGAGCGCCUACCUACCGUCUACACUUACUGUCGUGGUGUCCUGGAUGUCGUUCUGGGUGGACGUGGGCGCUGCCAGCUCGAGACUCACGUUGGGCAUUGCUUGCCUCCUGGCCAUAACUGUCCAGACGGGACUUGGUCGUAUUGCGAAUCCGUUCGGUUCGCAAGUUCGCCCCGGAGAUAUGUACACGUUCAUGAGCACGAUGAUGAUUUUUCUGACGGUUGUGGAGUUUGCCAUGGCUCACGGAGCGUACCGCAGUCAAGCUGAGGUGCAGAAACGUGGAAGUGAGGAUGUCGUGAGUCAGCCUAGCUAUCGCAUUUGCAAGAGCCCCAUGUCAAAUGAGGUGUGUGUGGUAUGUGACAAAGCUACUCAGACAGAGACGUCGUACCUGGCUUUUAAAACUACCGAUCUCGAUGAACUCUCCAGACUGCUAUUCCCGAUUGCUUUUUUUAUAUUUGCUUGUUUACAUAUGGUGUGGUACGCCGGAAUUCCAGAGUGA